UAACUGGGGAAGUUUAUUCACUUGAAAUUUGAAAAUAUUCAAGAUAUGAAAACUAGUGAUAUGAGGGGAGCUUUUGCUUUCUAUGGAAGUAUUCUAGCCUUCAAAACUCUAAUUCUUGCAGGGGUUACAAUUAUCAAGCGCUUGCAAAACAAGUCUUUCUGUAAAGACCAACCACAUCCUGAAGUACAAUCUAUACAGAGAUGUCAUUCAAAUGAUUUAGAAAAUUUGGUACCAUUUCUAUUUCUUGGUCUACUUUACUGUAGUACAGAUGCACCAGCUACAGUUGGAUUAUGGCAUUUUAGAAUUUUUGCACUAGCUCGAAUAUUACAUACACCAGCUUAUUUAUUUACAGAUGGAAGAUUUCCUAGAGGAUUGAUAUUUCUUAUUGGUUAUCUUAUCAAUAUUUCAUUAGCAUUAAAAUGUAUUACAUAUUUUUCUGAAACAUGGUAAACAUUAAUGGUUAGACGAUUUACCUCAGGGAAAUUUUGUAUUUCGUUGCUUUUUCUAUUGUUUUUUUUCUUUCUUUAAUAAUAUGUUCAUGUUUAUUGAUUUCGUUUGUUAAUUCUAAAGUCUAUUUUACGUUCCUAGUUAAUUAUUGCACUGUGGCGGA